AUGGAUGACCUUUACGAUGAGUUCGGCAACUUCAUUGGCGAAGAGGCCGAAGCCUCUGAGGAGGAGUCGGAGCGCGGCGUGGAUGCUGGGAACUAUGUCUACGAUGAAUACCCUGAGGAGGCUCCCGCAGCCACUGGCAUGGAGCUGAUGGAGGUUGAUGAUGAGGGCCCUUCCAACGCGGUCGUCCUCCACGAGGAUAAGCAGUAUUACCCGACAGCGGCUCAAGUAUACGGAGAAGACGUCGAGACCAUGGUCCAGGAGGAGGAUGCGCAACCACUCACAGAGCCCAUCGUUGCGCCGGUCGAGCAGAAGAAGUUUACGGUCGAGGAAGUUGAUCUCCCUCCCGUUUUCUUCGACCGUAGCUUCAUGACAGACCUCAUGAACUACCCGGAACAAAUACGGAACAUCGCGCUGGCUGGCCACCUACAUCACGGAAAGACGGCUUUUAUGGACAUGCUCGUUCUUGAGACUCACGAUAUCACGGAUAGGCUAGAGAAGCGGACGGGGAAAACAAGAGACGAACAACUGAGGUAUACGGAUGUGCACAUCCUGGAGCGGGAACGCGGCCUCUCGGUCAAGGCAUCACCGAUGAGUCUGGUUCUGCCGAGCACCAAGGGAAAGUCGCACCUAUUCAACAUACUCGAUACCCCCGGUCAUGUCAACUUCGUGGACGAGGUGGCCGCUUCCCUGAGGCUGGUGGAUGGCGUCUGCUUGGUCGUUGAUGUCGUCGAGGGUGUUCAAGUCAACGCUGAGCAGAUCAUCAAGCACGCGGUCCUCGAAGAUAUCCCCAUCACGCUCAUUGUGAACAAGGUGGACCGGUUAAUACUGGAGCUCAAGCUACCUCCCAACGACGCCUACUUCAAGCUGAAGCACGUCAUCGAGGAGGUGAACACCCACAUCGAAAACACAAUACCGGGGAAGAGUGGAGAGAGACGAUUAAGUCCUGAGAAGGGCAACGUCCUUUUUGCGUGCACAGAUAUGGGUUGGUGUUUCACACUCCAAUCAUUUGCGAAGAUGUACUCGGACAGCUACGGGGGUGUCAACACAGACGAGUUCGCUCGCAGGCUAUGGGGCGAUGUCUACUUCAACCCGGAGAAACGGACCUUCACACGGAAACCAAUCGAAGCAAAUGCGAAGAGGUCGUUCGUCAACUUCGUCCUGGAGCCUAUCUACAAGCUAUUCUCACACACCAUCAGUGAGGAUCCCAAGGAGUUGCAGGGCACGUUGGGAAAGCUGGGGAUAACUCUCAAGCCAUCUCAGUACAAGACAGAUGCCAGGGUUCUCCUGAAGCUAGUGUGCGAGCAGUUCUUCGGGCCCUCCACAGGGUUCGUCGACAUGGUGGUGCAGCAUAUUCCGUCGCCUGUCGAAGCGGCGGAAAAGAAGCUUCAACAGUAUUACACCGGCCCGUUAUACACGAAGGUUGCAGAGUCUAUGAAGGCCUGCGACCAGAACGGACCAUUGGUGGUGCACGUCACGAAACUCUUUAACACCACCGAUGGAAAGAGUUUUAACUCGUUUGGCAGAGUGAUGAGCGGCAUUGCACGGCCCGGCGCCCAGGUUCGUGUCCUUGGCGAGGGUUACUCUCUCGACGAUGAAGAGGACAUGGCAAUGGCCAAGAUAUCGGAGGUCUUCAUCGCCGAGACCCGUUACAACAUCCCCACAGACGGUGUCCCCGCCGGCAACUGGGUCCUGCUUGGAGGCGUGGAUAACUCGAUCGUGAAAACGGCAACGAUCGUCGAGAAGCAGUUCGAGGACGACGAGGAUGCUUACAUCUUCAAGCCCGUGAUACACUUUACCGAGUCGGUGUUGAAGGUCGCUGUUGAACCGAUCAACCCCUCCGAGCUGCCAAAGAUGCUUGACGGCAUCAGGAAAAUCAACAAGAGCUAUCCCCUCAUCACGACCAAGGUCGAAGAAUCGGGAGAGCACAUCAUCCUGGGAACCGGCGAGCUCUACAUGGACUGCGUGAUGCAUGACCUCCGGCGGCUGUAUGCCGACAUGGAAAUCAAGGUCUCAGAUCCGGUCACCCGGUUCUGUGAGACGGUUGUGGAGAUGUCAGCAACAAAGUGUUACGCCGUCACACCGAACAAGAAGAACACCAUCACAAUGGUGGCAGAGCCGCUCGACGACGGCAUUGCGAGGGACAUUGAGACAGGGGCUGUGAAGAUCCGGGAUCCAGUUCGAAAAACCGCAAAGUUCUUCGAGGAGAAGUACGGGUGGGAUCUUUUGGCAGCCAGAAGCAUAUGGGCAUUCGGACCGGAUGAGACGGGGCCAAACAUCUUGCAGGAUGAUACCCUGCCCUCAGAAGUCGACAAGAAACUCCUUAACACUGUCAAGGAGUCGAUCCGCCAAGGCUUCAGUUGGGCAGCCCGGGAAGGCCCGCUCUGCGAAGAACCCAUCCGCAACACCAAAUUCCGCAUCAUGGACGUGAGCCUAGACCCGGAAGCCAUAUUCCGCGGCGGCGGUCAGGUGAUCCCCACGGCGCGGCGCGCCUGCUACAGCUCCUUCCUGAUGGCGUCGCCCCGCCUAAUGGAGCCCGUCUACUCGGUCUCCAUGACGGGGCCCCAGGACUCGGUCACGUCGGUGUACAACAUCCUGGCGCGGCGGCGCGGCCACGUGCUCUCGGACGGCCCCAUCGCGGGGACGCCGCUGUACCGCGUCAGCGGCCUCAUCCCCGUCAUCGACAGCUUCGGCUUCGAGACGGACCUGCGCAUCAACACGCCGGGCCAGGCCAUGGUCAGCCUCGUCUUCGACAGGUGGAGCGUCGUCCCCGGCGACCCGCUCGACAAGGAGAUCCCCAUCCGGCCGCUGCAGAUGGCGAGCGUCCAGGCGACGGCGCGGGACUUUGUCCUCAAGACGAGGCGCAGGAAGGGGCUGAGCGAGGACGUCAGCGUCGCAAAGUUCCUCGAGCCCGAGUUCUACCAGAGCCUGCUCGAGAGCGGGACUCUGGGCGAGGCGUGA